AUGAAGAUCUUUAGUAUACUCCUUCUUUUUGUCACAUUUGUGGCCUCCGUCCCGACCCCCAAACCAAACGACGCUAUCGACAUCUCGAACCUUUACAAGAAAAGGGAGGCCGCCACCCCUCUCCAAACCUGUAACUGGGUCACUGAGUGCAGCCCUGGAUAUCUCUGCUGCGGUGGUUACUGCCAGAAUGUUUACGACUGCAGGCGGGUUCCUCCCAAACAGCCUCCGCAACAGCUCCCGGAAGAGCCAGAUCAGGAUGAAGAUGGUGAAGAUACGCCUGGAACACUUGAGGAGCCUAAGCUGAACAAGAGGCGCUAUCGCUCACCGAAAAAUGAGCCAGAUGAGAAGCCGGCCAUCAAGCCAAGCGAGGAAACAGACAAGAGUUGCACACAUGCGUGGGAGUGCGGAGUUACCGGUGAACAUCAAUGGGCCUGUUGCAAUGGAAAGUGUCUCAAGUGGUACCCUGGACCUACGCCCUGGAUUCGGCCUAAAUGCAUGAAAAUAAUGAGGAGACGUUGA